AAGCAGAUCCAGGAUCUACUAGAGAAGCAGACACGACUGCGAGAACGUAAAACGGUGCUGGAAACAUCCAGAGCUGACGCUCGCAAAUCCGCGAGCCCAGGCUUCGAGAACACGGUCAGCCCAAAUGAACUUCACUCCUGCACCGGCACACCCACGGCGAAAGGCGCGAGCUAGGACUGGAGCGAUGACCCAACCGCCGCCACCGGUCUUCGAGAUCCCGACCAGGAACCGCUUUGCCGCCCUCUGCGAGACGGAAUGCAACGCUGUGGUCAUCGGAGACUCAAUCGUCCGGAACGUACGCGCUUCCUCCACUAAAGGUAAGGUGCGCACUCAUUGUUUUCCUGGCGCCAGUGUUCUUGAUGUCUCUGCGCAGGUACCUGCGAUCCUGAAGGACGAUGCAAACGUCGGAGCUGUCGUGCUGCACGCGGGGGAGAAUGACGUCAGGAUGAGGCAGUCGGAGAUCCUGAAGAGGGACUUCAGGAGUCUGAUCGAGACGGUACGCAACGCAUCGCCCACGGCGAGGAUCAUUGUAUCAGGGCCGCUUCCUACCUACCGACGAGGGAAUGAAAAGUUCAGUAGACUAUUUGCUCUAAAUAAAUGGUUGAUGUCAUGGUGUAUUGAACAGAAGCUGCUCUUUGUUGAUAAUUUUGAUCUGUUCUGGGAGCGACCUAGGCUCUUCCGCCCUGACGGCCUGCACCCCAGCAGCAUCGGAGCGGUUCUUCUGUCUGACAACAUCUCAAAGACGCUACGCACCGCUUGACUACGUCUCCCAGCGGUAAGUCAAAACUUUAACCAUAGUCUGUGUUCCUCCCACUCAUCUGUUAUAAAUGUUACUGCUUCCAAAUGCAUAGAGACUGUGUCUGUCCCCCGAAUAAUACUACAAAAUAACAAAAUAGCCAAAUCUCAGAGAAAAAAUCUAAUCGUGAUUAAACCUGAGGACAAUGUAAUAAACGACCAAAACAAACUCAUAAAGUUCGGCCUACUUAAUAUUAGAUCACUAAAUUCAAAAGCAGUUAUUGUAAAUGAAAUGAUCACAGACAACAAUUUUGAUAUGCUUUGCCUUACCGAAACCUGGCUUAAACCAAAUGAUUAUUACGGUCUAAAUGAGUGUACACCACCAAGCUACUGUUAUAUGCAUGAGCCACGUCCGGUUGGUCGAGGUG